UCAAUCAGCGUGACCGUACCCGGCGACACUGUCAAUGGUCAGCUGUCAGCAGCAAACGUCAAACAGAUCUGAUCAAAGUUGCAAGCAUACGCAUUUCCAGGCGCAUUUCUCUCUACCAUUACUAAAACAGCCGUAAAACCAUGAGUGGACGCGAAGGUGGCAAAAAGAAGCCGCUGAAGGCACCGAAAAAGGAGCAGUCCGAGAUGGACGACGACGAUGUGGCCUUCAAGCAGAAGCAGAAGGAGCAACAGAAGGCGCUCGAAGCGGCAAAACAGAAAGCGUCCAAGGGUGGUCCACUGCUCCAGGGCGGUAUCAAGAAGUCGGGCAAGAAGUGAUCGAAGCGAACCGAACUAAACUGCUGCUUCUACUGCGCUGCCAGCCACCACCGUUGCAAACCGAUGGACCGACCCAUCGGAGGUUAGGUGUUCUUUUUGUAAGCAUGUUUUCCGGGACCGUCUUUAUGCGUUAAGCUACAACCUCGUGCCGUUUUUACAACCGAUCGGACGUGACGAACUUGGUGUUGGUUCAUAUUACUACCGCUACAAACACUACUUUAUUGGUGAAUAAACCUCAUUUUCGCCUAACGAUGUA